UUUCCAUCGCGAUCGCUCUUGCCCGUCCAACAUCCUUUGGUUCAUUCCACUCUCUACUCACUGGUCUUGCCUGAGACAAGCUUCACUUCACGCAAGUGUCUAUAUUCCAAAGAUUUGCUCUCCAGGAGUACUGCACCAGCUGGAUGAUGUGCGAUGCUUAAACGCGUUGUACCUUGAUGGAGCUAGUCACUUACUUGCAGAGGAAGAAUCAGACCUUAUCAUCAUUGGAUUUCGCCUAGUUUUCACCGCAUUAACCUCGCACCGAACAAUGUCUAAUCAACCACCGACACCGUCGUAUGGCGAUGUCAGUCAUUACACACACCCGUGGCCACCUCCCUCAAAUCCCUUUCCAUCGGCUGCAUUGCCUCCUUUUUUACCGCAGAAUUUCCCUUAUGCUCCGAACCUAUCGCUCGCGCCGCAUCCGUCACGGGACAGCUCCAAUCAACCUCGGGAGCAUAAUGAAACGCAGUUCAACGCAAACUCGCGUCUCCCAGGACUGGGAGCCCCAGGUUCUGGAGCGGCCUUACCACCACCACCAUUCCCGUUUCUGAAUCCCUUUACACCUCCGCAGUUUCCUUCUCCGCUUCCUUCGAUGCAAAUGCCACCCAUGAACUACUCUCUACCUAUACCGCACGCGCCGAUGAAUGCACCACCGAGUCGGCCUCUGACGGGAGAUAUCCAGUCACAGGCGAACUCAAUACCUGCGAACAUGGUGGAUAUUCCCGCCACCUUCACGUCGCCAGCUCAACAUGAUCCUGACCGUGAAGAGGGCGAACUGACCGAUAGGGAAGGAGGCUGGCCCCAAAGUUCCCCUAGGCCUUGUGGGAAACAGCCGGGGCCGGUAAAUGGUCUGGGCGCGGAAACGCGUCCUCCUCAAAUGCAAACCCGACGACGACGUUCAAAGUCACGGUACUCGGACCUGGAAGAAGGCGAAGCUUCACCUGACCCUCAUUCAUCUAGCCGAGCCAGUGGAUCCCCAUAUAACCCCCCGAUGUCGGUGACCGAGGCGUUCGUCCCUGGUGGGAAUAUAAACUCGGAAACAUUGAACUCGCUCGCGCCGUCGGCUCCCAAGGAAAACGAUGCCACAAGGGAACCACAACCGCUGUCUAACCACUCCAAGUCUUCAGCACAACUCCGCAUCCAAGCAAAAGGUGCCCUCCUUAGUUUAGCGCCGCACAACAUUCGCUAUGGUGAGCUUGCUGGGGAAGGCAUCAAUCCCGCACUUCUGAGACAACUAUACGAAGAAGUGGGCAUCAAAGUACCCACGCCGCAACCCGCCACUGCUGUUCGCUCAGAAUCCACCCGUUCGUCUAUAAGCUCCGAUAACAGCAAGUCCGUUUCUCAAAAGCCCUUGGACAACCAUCGAUCCAAUAAUGUUGAGUCCGAUGCUACCACGGGAGCACCUGUUGCUUCUCAGGUCGCCCCUUCCAAGCCGAUGGAAAGAAAGGAGUUGAUUGCGCGCAUGCUUGCCGCCAAAGCUGCUCGACCUUCCGCGGCACCACCGUCGGUGCAGGUCGAGUCUGCCAAGGAUGAGCCAUCAAGCGAAGGCUCUGCCACGGUGGAGGAUCCCGCCAAAGCCGCCCCUUCUCUUGCGACGUCGACCCAGGAAAAGGAAGUGCGUACAAAGGAGAAGAGCAAGGCACAGACCGAGCUGGCACGGCAACGCAUUGAGCUCCUCAAAAAGCAAGGCCUGAUGAGGAAUCAACAAAAGUCGCAACCGGAAUCGGUUUCCAUAGAUAGAUCGGGACCAGCUGCCCAGGCAAGCGAUGAAGAGCCGCUACCCCCUUCGAACCCUGCGACGAUACAGCAUCCUCUCCCGGAACGCCCCCCUGAUCCGGACUCCACCGCUGGAUCUCGUAUACCUGGACUUUUUAUGGCAGACACAGAAGAGGCCUCACCCGAGCCUCCUCCUACAUCGGUCCAGACACUGACGGUUGAUCCAACGCAGCAACCCCGGGCAACCCAACGAAAGCGUCCCCGGGCGUCGGACUUUGACGAGCCUAUUCCCGUCCCCAAGAAGACUUUCAGCAACGGGACCAAUUAUAUCCCCCCGGAUGAAAGACUCAUCAUUGACAUCAGCGACGAUGAUGAAUUCUACGAUGAUGACGCGGGUGCUAUGAAUAUCGACUCUUUGAUCCGAAACCACGAGAACUCCGUAAGGACGUUUCCAGCCACCGACUUGUCGUCGACCCAGGGGCUGUCUGCGUCAGCGACACCCCAAUACGCGUCGAAUAGCGAUACGGAACAGCUCCGCAAGAAAGACCUUGAGAUUCAGGCCAUGCAUCGGCGGAUAGCCGAGCUUGAAAAACGCAACAAAGCCAAGCUCGCCGCGAGCCGUACCCAAUCACCAUACGCCUUAGACUCCCCCGCUUCGCGAUCGCCUGAACCCAUCGCCGCGGAGAACGGAGCUAAAUCUAUACCGACUUCGCUGGCCCUCCACCAUUCAUCCUCGUCACUUCCUCAGGGAGUUGCCCCCCGAAGUGUGGACGGACCAGACGAUGUGCGGGCCAAACUUUUGCGGAGAAAGGAACUAGAAUCGGGUAUCCCGGCCUUAGAUGCCGAAAUACAAAGAACUGAGGCAAGAUUAGCGGAUUUCCGUGAGCAGGAAGCAAGUAUCCUCUCCGAGAUAGCGAAAGGCAGGGAGGGGCGAGAGCACCUACUCGAGGAACUGCACCAACUAGAUCUGGAACUGCAUGGAACAUCCUUUGAAGGAGUUGAAGCCAAGCUACGUAGCCCGCCGGCCGAGAACGGCGCCCAGGAAACAGAUGAAGUCCCUACUUCCGAGCAUGCGUUAGGCGGAGAUGCAGUCACGAUUCGGGACAGACUCGGGAGUCCCGGAGCAGGGUCUGCUGCCGAAAUGGCUUCUUUUCAAGAACAGCUGACCUCCACUGGCCCUGAACCGAUUGUGUGUGAACAAAUAGAGACCGCGAUAGGCCCCGCGAACUCUAAUCGGGAAUCUUCGCCCAUUUCUUCAUCCGAAUCUACGGGAUCCGCUAUGGACGAAUCCAAUGGCAGUUCUGACGAGAGCUCGGGCAGCCCUGACCCCGAAGAACCUCGUCAACGGACCCCAUCCCUCUCAGUUGCUCCUGGUCAAAUGAGUGAGGAUCAGGAUAGCAAUGAUCCAGCCAAAACGGAAGGGCCCCAUCCUCUUCCGGAACGUCCGCCGCUAGCAGUCGACCAGACUGCAGCCGACAUGGCCGCCGACGCUACUGAGCAGGUCGCUAGUAUCUCCCGAGACCAGUCUUCUCGCGAAUCCUCGGUGUCAGAGGCCUAUGAGCCUCCAGAGCCAGAGGGAAAUGACAGCCCUGCUGGCUCUGUCUACACUCCUCCACUUGAUCCUCCCUCUCCUGGCCCCGUCGAGCUCAAUGAGGGGUCUCGGUCUCCAAACAAUCAGUUGCAGAAACCUGAUGAUGUGCUGACUGGAAAGGACCAGGGAUUGGAAGUCCAACGCCCCAGAUACCAUACGCAGGUUGGCCUUCUAGAUGAUAACAAGGGGCAACCUGAACGUACGGAAAGUAAAUUUACUCCGUACCAGAGUGCGCUAAAGAACUUCAAGACCUAUCGGUAUCAUCCCAAGUACGAUGAUGAGGUCUCGGAGGGUUUUCGGUCCCUAACGUAUAGCCACAACAUUGACCCCAUGAAGUGUCUUUGUCCGUUCGAGGCUGCAGGGGGCGUCUGCAACGACCACUCCUGUGAAUACCAACAUUUUCGGGACAUGUCUCUGAGCGAAGACAAAGUCCUUGUUCAAAUGGGAUCGCUCCGAGAGGGCAAGACAUCCGAAGAAAAAGACAACUACAUCGCUGGUUUGAAACAGAUCAUCAACGACAUGCGACGCGACAAGGUGAAAGACUUUAACACUGUGGCCAAGGAGAUUGCCGCAUACCGUAGACGCUUUCUUCAAGACCCCUCUCGGAUCCUGCCUUUGUAACUGUUCCCUCUUCUAUCUGGGCCACAACCGACUCGGCAGCUCGAUAGGGGAUGCCAUCUCUUAUCAAGGUGAGCGGCCGAAGAGUUAUCCGAAAACCGCCGAUCCACAGCCGGCGAAGCACAAGAGCUAUCUCGCCAAUGGCUCACUCAUGCAUGACAUUUUGGCCUUGGCCGUAGCAGCUAUCCUCCAGUUUUCCUUCAGCAUUUUUUGAUACCCGCAUAUCUACUCGCAUCACACGCUCUCUUCUGCAUAUGGAUUAGCAAGUACAGUGUUUUGGUUUUUCAUUUCUUAUCCUUCAUUUUCCUCCCAGGGAACUGCACCCAUUUAUUCUGCCAGAAAGAGACAAAAACAAGAAAAAAACAUGCAGUUGGCAGAGAACAUUGUCUAUCCGCCUCUUGAGAAGUGGACGCAAGCUGAUUGCGCUAUAAAUUCGACAGCUGGACAGGUGCCCAGCCAGUUGCCUGAUGAAUUGGGCAUAUGACGGAUCGAGGGUCGAUCGUCAGUAAGACACUGGGCUAGAAUUCUAUACAUAGCAUAGCGAAU